AUCCAUCGCGCUUGCAGCCAAAGCAGCAGGCAGGCACUCCGACUCACGGUAACUGUAACUGCUGCAUGGCUACUGGUGGCACAGUGCAAUGCUGGUACCGUACCGCUCCACUGGGGCAACCCUAGAGGUGGCUUGGGAACGCCCGCACUCCCUUUCCGGCCUAACGAGGUUAGCGUGGCAACUUGCGAGCGCAAUAUCUGCAUGCCGUCGUUCGGGGGAAAGUCACGGGAACGUGCAAGCUCGGCAGGGGCGUGAGUAUGAAGGAGACCGGCUCACUCAAAGACUCAAAAACUGCAACAGGCGACUGCCUGUACUUUCGACUCUCGAUCCACGUCGAGGUGAUGGACACCGCGAGUGCUUCGUGGGAUCGACGUACAACCAAGCUGCUUGGUCUCGAACCAGCAUUUGCGAAGGUCUCAUCGAAAGACUUGCGAUACCUGAUUCAAAUUUGUUCGCGAUUUUGAUCCGCCCAUUGUUCGUGACUUUUGAUUGUCGUCCGACGCUCGGCCCCUCACCUCUGUCUCGCCCAAGCCUAGACAAAAACGGAGUCCGCAUCUGAGUUUGACACACAGCGAAGUUCAUCUUUGAGAUGCAUUCGUGAG